AUGGAGAAAGCUUCUGUUUCGGAUGAUUCUCCAGAUUCGAGCACCGAUUGUGAUUGGUCCCAGCUUCAGGCUGACCUGCUCCUCCAGAUCUUUGGCACUCUCGAGAUCCCUGAUCUCUUCAGCUCAGGUGCGGUCUGUCGAUCAUGGCACCUCAUUUAUCUGGAGGCCCGCCGUCUCCAGCGGUGCUCGCCGAACCAGAGCCCCUGCCUUGUUUACUCGUCCGGCGACCGUGACGCUAACAUGGUCACCCUGCAUAACAUGUCCACCAACAAGCUUUACCACGUCACUCUAUCGGAGCCUGCCUUCCGCACACUCCACGUCAUGGGAUCCUCCUACGGCUGGCUCAUCACCGCCGAUGAGCGGUCGAAUCUCAUACUAGUCAACCCUGUAACCAGAGCUCAGAUAGCUAUGCCUCCCCCUGAAACCAUGAACAAUGUUAGACUGCGGUACACUGAAGACGGUGUGCUAGACGGAUAUGAUGUUCUUUACAUGGAUCUGUUCUCUCGGGAUUUUGACACUGAAAUGGACCCGUACCAUCUUACACUUGAAGAAGCCCGCUUCUACCUCUAUGCGAGGGUCGCUCUUUCUUGUGAUCCCUCCCACGGAAACUGCACAGUUCUCGUAGUACAAUUGCCAAAGGAUCAACUCUCUUAUACUAGGGUUGGGGACACCAAAUGGACUUGGAUUGAUGCAAAUCCAAAUUGUUGGGCUUAUCAAGAUAUACUUUAUAACAACAAUGAUGGUUUGUUUUAUGGUGUUCGUGGUAGGGGUGAGGUUGAUUCUAUUGAUCUUAAUGAACCUUCCGCUGAAGUGAAAGUUAUUUUGAAGCCGAUCAUAUCCUAUCAAGCGCAUAGUAGAUAUAUUGUUCAAGCCCCAUGGGGAGAUUUUUUCCAGAUAUGGAGGCAUGAUAAAUAUAAUAAGGAGAAUGGAAUAACAGAGCGGGUUGCAGACAAGUUUUAUGUGUACAAGAUUGAUUUUGCUAAACAAAAGCUCGUUGAAACAAAUAACAUCCAAGAUCUCGCAAUUUUCAUUGGUUACAACAGCUCAUUUAUGCUUCCAGUGAAAGACUUUUCUACGUUGAUUCCCAACAGCAUCUACCACACGGAUGACUUGCUGGAUUAUAUCUUCUGUCAAAGAUCUAGUCUUAGGCAGGCUGUUGUCUUUAAUAUGAAAGAUAGCAGUUUCAUUGAGUUAUCGCCCCCUAGUUCAGAUUCAAGAUUGAACUGGCCACCCUCGGUUUGGAUUCAACCAUCACUUACUCGAGGCACCAGAGCAUUCACAUCUGAAGGUUCACAUCUUGGAAAACAAACUUAUCUUGAGAAGCUGCCUCCCUUGGUCAUCACAACAGUUCAAAUAACAAGAUUAGGGCCUCUGCUACGUCUAUUGUUUUAG